AUGGACGGUGGUAUCCGGAAUCCAGACGUUUCGAAGGUUUGGACCACACUCAUAACAAAUACUGAGUAUCUAUCCGGUCUUCUGACCCUCGAAUACUCGCUCAAAAAAGUGGGCUCAAAAUAUCCACUCGUUGUUCUCUACACGGAUUCAUUUCCUGCUGAUGGGCACCAAGCUCUUGAUUCAAGGGGCAUCAUAAAACGACAUGUGCCCUUUCUCCUUCCAUCGGCUCCUAAGGAUUAUACCAACGAUGUGCGUUUCUAUGACUGCUGGAGCAAGUUGACACCGUUCUCGCUCGUUGAGUAUGACCGCGUCGUGCAACUCGACAGUGACAUGGUGGUCCUUCAAAAUAUGGACGAACUAAUGGAUCUUGACUUGGAUCCACCGGAAAUGGCUGGUGAGGGAAAUCGUGUGUUUGCCGCUAGUCAUGCCUGUGUCUGCAAUCCACUUCAUAAACCUCAUUACCCGAGCAACUGGGUCCCGGAAAACUGUGCAUAUACCACUCAGCAUAGUAGUCCGGAUAUUGCGCAAAAAGCCGGUGCUUCAGCUGUUGCGGGUUUGGGGAUACCUAAUGGGGGCCUCCAGGUGGUGAACCCAGCUAAAGCAACAUAUGAGAAAAUUCUUGAAGGACUUGCGUCCUCUGCAACAUCCAAUUACGAUUUUGCCGACCAAUCUCUCCUUGGAGAUAUGUUUUACGGCCGAUGGGUUGCACUCCCAUAUAUUUACAAUGCACUCAAAACCCUCCGUUGGGAAGGUGUACAUGACGCUAUAUGGCGCGAUGAGAAUGUCAAAAAUAUACAUUACAUACUCAGCCCGAAACCAUGGGAUGAAUGGGCAGAUAGACUGAAGGGCAGUGGAAACUCCAGUCAGAACCAAGAUCAUACUCAUGCUUGGUGGGCAUCAUUUAACGAAGAGAGGCUGGACGAGGAACAGAAGAGAGGUGUAAGGGACCAAUUCUGA